UUCCAUUUAUCAGAUCAAAAAACUCACAUUUUUUCAUUUUUUCUCUUUAUUUUUUCUUCUGCCUUCUCUGUCUCGAUACUACACACUUCCAUUUUUCCCCCAAAAAAAGGGAAAAAAAAAUAUAUAAAUACUACUAGAUCAUCUUCCCAUUCACAUCUCUUGGUUAAAUUAUCGUGUUUUGCAAUGGAAAGUGAGAGAAUUUGAAAAAUUAUAUAUAGAGAGAGAGGGCAUUUUGGAGAGGAAGAAACAUGGUGCCCUCAAUUUCUCACUAUGCCUCCUGUUAGAUCUUAGCUUUUUUCCCAAGAAUUCUCAUCUGGGUUGCCCUUAAUCGGUGGGUUUUGUCCGAGAAUCGAUUUGGGUGGUGUUGUUUUGUGUUGAAAAAUUUCUGCGUCUGAUUCCGUAGUUGGGUUUCUCAGGAUUGGUGAGUUGUUCUGUAUUCAAAGUGGAUGGAUCCGAUGCCCUUGAAUUGAAUCAGAACAUAUCUAACUAUCUAAGUUGUAUCAGACACAUAGCUCUUUGGUUCCUUAUAUUCUUCAUAAGUAAGGUAUGGAUGUAGUUGGUUGAUUGGUUUUGAUCUGCAUUUGUAUUUGAAGAGGUCGUAUUGUUAGGUUGGAUUAUUGAAAGGGUGAAUUUUGACGGGUCUUUCAAUUUCAGUGGUAUUACUAUCAUAUCGAGAUUGAAUUGGCUUGGGGAAUUGGUUCAGAUUUAGAAGAUUUGAUUUGGAAUUGAGUAGUGAAGAUUUGCAUUUUCUGGAACUUAGACUUUACCUUUUGGUGUAGGGAAAUGCAAUCCGAUCUUGGAAAGUUGUUUGUUGGUGGAAUUUCGUGGGACACCAAUGAAGAGCGCUUGAAGGAGUACUUCAGUGCAUAUGGGGAAGUUUUGGAAGCAGUGAUUAUGAAGGAUCGGAGCACCGGGCGUGCCCGAGGUUUUGGUUUUAUCGUCUUUGCUGAUCCUUCAGUGGCAGAGAGAGUGACUAAGGAGAAACACAGUAUUGAUGGUAGGAUGGUUGAGGCCAAAAAGGCUGUUCCAAGGGAUGACCAAAGCACCAUGAGUAGAAGCAGUAGUAGCAUUCAUGGCUCUCCUGGUCCAGGACGUACGAGGAAGAUUUUUGUUGGAGGUUUGGCGUCCACAGUCACAGAGAGCGACUUUAAGAAGUAUUUUGAGCAGUUUGGUACCAUUACAGAUGUUGUGGUGAUGUACGAUCACAACACUCAAAGACCAAGAGGCUUUGGAUUCAUCACAUAUGAUUCAGAGGCUGCAGUGGACAAAGUGUUGCUAAGAACUUUCCACGAGUUGAAUGGUAAAAUGGUUGAGGUAAAGCGUGCGGUCCCAAAAGAGUUGGUGCAAGAUCCUACCCGAAGUCCACUUGGUGGAUAUAACCAUGGCUUGAGUAGGAUCAAUAGCUUCCUUAGUGGAUACACUCCUGGAUACUCUCCUAAUACAGUUGGGGGUUAUGGUCCUAGAAUGGAUGGCAGACUCAAUCCAAUUAUAGGUGGUCGAGGCGGCUUUUCUGCAGUUGGUUCUGAUUAUGGAAUGGGUUUGAACCCAAAUUUUGGAGGAAGUGCAAAUUUCAAUAGCACUCUCAGCUAUGGUCGGGGAUUGAGCCCGUAUUAUGUUGGUAAUUCAAACAGAUUUACCACUCCUGCUGGGUUUGAUGCGGGGAAUGGAGGAAACACUUCCUUCUUUAGCUCAGGGACUCGAAACUUGUGGGGGAAUGGAGGGCUUAAUUAUGGAACAAACUCAACAAGUUCAAAUGCCUAUAUGGGAUCUGGAAGUGGAACCAUUGGAGGUACCUUUGCCAACAGUGGAGUUGGUUGGGGUUCAUCUCCAAUUUCACUCCAAGGUGGUGGUAAUGUUUCUGGUCAUGGUGGGAAUCUCGGUUACAGUGUUAGUAAUAACAGCUAUGCUUUAGGAGGGGGCGGUUAUGGAAGAAAUAGUGCAACUAAUGCACCCACCUCAUCAUCAAAUAGCAGUGGUGGGGCUCUCACAGACUUCUACAGUAGUAGUUCGGUUUAUGGGGACCCUGCUUGGCUUUUAAAAGAACCUGAGAGAGAGGGAUCAGGUGCAUUUGGUUUUGGGCUUGGCAGUGGAGUGUCUGAUGCUCCUAUGGAAAGUUCUCCUAAUUAUGUUGGUGGCUAUGGCAUUUCUAAGAGGCAGCCACAUAGAGGAUUUGCUGGCUAGAGAGGAUAUCAGGUAUCAGUUUGUUCUAGUAUGUGAAGAAAUUUGGCGUAGCUGGUGAACUGUGAAUUUUGCAAACUCCUUCAUGGAUAUAUCAGUUAAAAGUUGAAAAGAAAUUUAUCAUCUUAUAUUAAGCUAACCAGAAGUGCCUAUUUUGAAGAAUGUAGUGUAGAAGUUACCAGAAAUUUUGUGUUAAAGGGUUGAGUUUUGAGUUACAGUUUUAGGGUUUCUUUUGGUAUUUGAGUGUAAAAUCAGAUUGCGGCAUAUAGUCAAAAGAUGUAUCGUGCAUCAGUGGUGAGGCUGCGAUACAUUAAGAAAAAAAAGAAAAAAAAAGAUAAAGACUAAGAUUUUGGGUUUAGUUUCUAGCUCACUGUUCGUUGCUGUAAAGUUCUCUGCACAGUUGCAGGUGCUUAUCAGAUAAUCCUUGUUUGUUCUUGUUCCCUUCAUUGUGUUCUAUUUUCCCUUGAUUUGUACCAGAGGAGCUUGUGAUUUCCUAGAAUGAAACAUUAAGGGAUGCCCAUCUAGGGUCCCGAGGAAUAAGUUUCUUCUUGAUUCUUUUUC